AUGGAUGAUGUGUCUAGGGUUUUAAAGAGAUCUGGGAAGCUUUUAACGUAUGAUUUGGGGAAAACUAUGAUACCCAAUAUUGAAUUUAUGAAAAGUUAUGGUAUUAGUUCAUCGCAAAUAAUCCACCAUAUCCGUAAAUCCCCAAGAUUAUUCUUGCAUAAACCAACGAUUAUUAGAGAAUAUGUGAAGAGGGUUGAUGAGAUGGGCUUUGACAGGAAGUCUAAGAUGUUUCUUUGUGUGAUUCGGACUAUUAGUUCGAUGACUAUAGAGAAUUGGGAGUUGAAAUUGGAGGUCUUUAAGAGUUUGGGAUUUUCGGAAGAUGACAUUUUGUCCGCUUUUAGGAGACAACCUCAGGUUUUUGCUGGGUCAGAAAGGAAAAUUAAUGUGACAACACAGCUUUUGCUUAGCACGGGCAAAUGUGAUAUCUCAUAUAUUGUUAAUAACACAGAAUUACUUACUUACAGUGUUGAGAAUAGGCUUAAGCCACGGCUAAGAGUUCUGGAGGCUUGGGAAAGCAGGAAUUUGCUUCUUAAAGAGCCUAGUUUGACGACUGUAUGUGCGAUUACUGAUAAGAAGUUCUUGCAGAAAUAUGCACUCCCAUAUUCAAAAGAAGUUGGCCAAUUAUUUGUGGUGAACAAGCUCUCGUUGAAAGCAUAA